AUGGGAACAAACAUUACAGAGACUCCUUUACUAACCACCACCACCACCACCACCACUAUCACCACCACCACUAUGGCGACGCUCAUCGUCAUCUUGAUUUCCGUUGUUAUCUUUGCUAUAAAAACUCUUAAAAAGUCAACAACUCAGAAAAAACUUCCUCCUGGCCCUAAACCAUGGCCAUUAGUCGGCAAUAUCCCGGAGAUAAUACGCUACAGACCCACAUUCCGGUGGAUCCACCGCCUCAUGCAGGACAUGAACACCGAUAUUUGCCUUAUUCGGCUAUGGAACACUAAUAUUAUUUCUAUCAAUUGCCCGUUCAUCGCAAACGAAUUGCUCAAAGAAAAAGAUGCAAUAUUCGCUAGCAGACCAAUGGCCUUUUCUGCUAAGUGCAUGACUGGUGGAUACUUGACGACAGCUCUCGUUCCUUAUAAUGAUCAAUGGAAGAAAAUGAGAAGAAUCCUAACGUCGGAGAUUCUUUCGCCGGCUAGGCACACAUGGCUGCAUGAUAAAAGAGCCGAGGAGGCAGAUAAUCUUGUGUUCUAUCUUCAUAAUCAUUAUAACAGCAAUAAGACUGCAAAUUUAAGAAUAGCCAUCCGCCAUUACUGUGGAAAUGUGAUCAGAAAAUUGGUAUUUGGCCGGAGAAACUUCGGUAAAGGAACGACCGACGGAGGACCGGGACACGAAGAAAUCGAACAGGUCGAUGCAGUUUUUGCUGCGCUUAAAUAUUUGUAUGCAUUUUGCAUAUCUGAUUAUGUGCCAAAUUUCUUGCAAGGAUUUGACUUUGAUGGGCAGAAAAAGAUAGUUAUUAAGGUGAACACGAUCUUAAGAAAGUACCAAAACCCUAUAAUAGAUGAGAGAAUUAAAGAAUGGAAGAGUGGUGAACGGAAAUUAGUGGAGGACUUGCUUGAUGUUUUCAUCACCCUCCAGGAUUCGGACGGCAGGCCAUUGCUCAACUCCGAUGAGAUCAAAAAUCAAAUCGCUAAAAAAAUUGGAGUUUCCGUACUCUUAUUUUUGUUGAAAGUAAAUUUCUUAAAUUGA